AUGGGGCCGAUAUUCGACCUGGAGCCAGCGCUCCUGCUCAGCGCCUUCCACCAGGAGACGUGGGGCGGCGAGAAGCCUACCAGCAUCCCCCUGGAGUUCAUGUACCUGUGCCUGUGCAUGGGGCUCAAGGGCAAAUACGGCAACCAGGCGAAGGGCGAAGAAGAGCUGCAAAAGCUCAUCACCAAAUUGCACCGGCUGCUGCGCCCCUGCGCGGUGAAACGUCCAUGCAACCGCCAAUGGCCCGUCUGGACGCCCUGGGCGAUUGCCGUCGUGGUGCUGGCGGCGGCGUACACCUUCUAUGCGGUGCGCCUGCAUGCCAUCACCCAGGAAGUCCUGAUCUCGCUGGAUGGGGUUCUCAAGCUA